CCUCGGUGACGGUGACGUGUGGGCACAGCCUGGCCCUGCUCCUGUCCCCACGCAGCUGCAGCCAGGAGCUCUGGGCUGGGCCAGGAGCCGAUCCCGAGUGUUUGCCCAUGGAAUAGGCGCUUUCCCCGGUACCUGGGCACAGCGAGAGGCUGAAGUUGGUUGCCCCGGGCACACCCGAACUCGCCGUGCCCCGGAGCCCCCGGCCUCUGCCAUGAAUGAUGCAUCCACCAUGGAUUAUGAACUGCUCUCCCCGUCCCUGGUGGAGCACCCCGCCGGCGGCGCGGGCAUGGAUGCCGAGCAGAAAACUGUGUUUGCCUUCGUCAUCUUCCUGCUGGUGUUCCUGGUGAUGCUCAUGGUGCGCUGCUUCCGCAUCCUGCUGGACCCCUACAGCCGCAUGCCCGCCUCCUCCUGGACGGACCACAAGGAGGGCUUGGAGCGGGGCCAGUUCGACUACGCGCUGGUGUGA